GAUGGACCGAAAAAAGUAAUAAUAUUGGAAUGCCUGCUAAGAGCAAAAUGACAGUCCAGCUGCUUAAUAAUGGUUGUACUUGGCACCUCGGUUAUCCGCGAGUUGUGUGCGGUUUAUACGAGCCUGAAAGGAUGCUCUGCCACCGGCAGGGCGCGCACUAUGAUCCUUUCGGACGCCGAGGCUGAAAACCAGAAAAGGCAAAAACCCGACAGGGCGAACACCUAACACUGGCUGUAUAGCAUAGAGACACUAUAUUAUCAUUGCUACUUAGAUGAGCCCUCGACAGCAUCGGCUUAUUCGUCCAACUGCACCAUCGUUGUACCUGCGGUAAAUGCAACUGUCCAAUAUCCAGCCCUAGCAUCGGCUUAAAGAUUGAUAACGACGAGUUUAUUUCUUUGCAUCCGGCCUUAUUAUGCCUAUACCCACUUUUCUGUCAAGAUAUUGGCCCAGAAUUUGGAACCGAGUAGAGACGACAAACGGCUGUCAACGGCUGCGAGCCUUAUAAAUGGUUCGCGUGAUGAUGGAAUAUUUCGUAGCCAUUGUAAUCAGGGUGACUCACUUCGUAAACCGAAUUGGAUGAUAAUAUUCAACAUUAUCUCCGGUGAGGAGGCCGAGUUUGUCAAGUAUAAAAAGCCACGCGAACCGUGCACACCCCAAAGGCUCAUUUAAACCACCAACACAUCCAACCAACCAACCAACCAACACUCCCAGUUUCUUCAACCAGUUUUUGUUCAAUCUUUCUGGUUACAAGAAAAUGACCCUCCUACGCUUUGCACUCGUACUGGGCAGUCUUGUCGCUGCUCACCCGGCUGCUUUGAAGUUGGAGGUUCGCGAACCAAUCACUUCCCGCGUUGGCAACGUCCAUGUUACCGUGGACAGCCCUGUCCAAGUACCCGUUCGAUACACUUACGGAACUUGUGACUCCAACUCGCCAGAAUUAGCACAUCACACUAUCUCUGUGUCCGAACUACGCGGCUCUCAUCGCCUAGUUUGGGUUGUGCCAAAGGAUGCUCCUUCUGCUGGCUGUGUCUCGUCCUGGACUGAGGCGGGAGAUUUGCUCGGGCGCAGCGACUCGAUCACACUUGACCAUCAGUGGAAACAGAGAGCACAAAGACGAUCAAGCAUCGACCUUGGCGACGGCAGUCGCUUCAACAACAUGGGGCCCUGGUUCGAAGGCGUUCACGCUCUUCAAGAUAAUCAGCCAGGUGCAGUUGACGUAAAGACGGCUAAAUCAAAGAAAAUUGCCAUCGUCGGUGCCGGCAUGGCAGGUUUGAUGAGCUAUCUUGUCCUUACCCAGGCGGGCAUGACGAAUGUAACCAUCAUCGAGGCGGGACAACGACUCGGCGGCCGAGUUCACACCGAGUAUUUGUCAGGUGGGCCAUUUGACUACUCGUAUCAGGAAAUGGGGCCGAUGCGCUUCCCAGAGACGUAUAAGGAUACCAAGACAAACAAAGUCUACAACAUCACCGAUCACCAACUCGUCUUCCAACUCGCUGCUGAGCUGAACAAGUUGAACAAUAACAAUAAGAAUUUCAGCAUCGAUUUUAUUCCGUGGAUCCAAGCGGACAACAACGGUUUUGUUUACCAAAACGGCUUCAAGCUCCCAUCGGGCCUCCCGCCAACCCUGGCUCAGAUUGCAGCGAACCCUGAUUUGGGCAGCCCAAUGACAUAUGACAAGGACACUACUGAUCUCCAGGCCAAACUCAACAGCUAUUUGCCAGAUAGUGACUUUGCAGUCCGCAUGGCAAACAACAUGUUCAAGGCCCACGAUGAGUGGAUUAAGAGUGGCUUGAAGGGCCAGGGAGGUGAUCAUUGGUCCGAGUUUGGCUUCAUGGUCAACUUCUUAAAGGGCUCGCUAAACUCCACCGAUGCUCUUAAUGGGUCCCCCACGGUCCCAUUUUGGGAAGCUCUCUACGGUGGCAUGUACUUCAGCGCCGCGCAGUACAAGACUGUUGAUGGUGGCUUGAACCGUAUUCCACUUGCAUUUCACCCGCUUGUUGACAAUUCAACCAUCAUGGAUCGCAAGAUUGAGCGAGUCAACUUCCUCCCAAAAUCCAACCAGGUCCAGCUUCAAUGGCGAGACUCGUUCCGCAACCAGAAGUUUGAGAGUGCCUCUUAUGAUUACACACUCGUUGCAGUCCCCUUUUCUGUAAUUAGAAAGUGGCGCUUUCCAAAGCUGCCCUUUGGCAUGUCGCAAGCCAUCAAGAAUCUCAACUACGCCAGCGCCUGCAAGGUCGCUCUGGAGUUCAGUGAGCGCUUCUGGGAACACUAUGAAAACCCCAUUCAUGGUAGCUGCUCUACGGUGACCGAUAUCCCUGGAAUCGGUAACAUUUGCUAUCCAAGCUACAAUUUGAACGGCAAGGGUCCUGCCGCAAUGCUUGGAUCGUAUGUAUCUGGCGACUUUGGCGAUCGCUGGGCGGCUACACCCGAGGAAGAGCAUGUGCAGUAUGUCCUGGAUGCGAUGGUUGAGAUCCAUGGUGAAAACAUCAGGUCUCUUUACACUGGCAAGUACAAUCGUCGCUGCUGGGUUCUUGAUCCGUUGGAGAGCGGAUCCUGGGCCGACCCUGCAGCUGGGCAACACGAGUUGUACAUCCCAGAGUACUUCAAGACGUACAACAACACCAUCUUCAUUGGCGAGCACACAUCGUAUACGCAUGCAUGGAUUGCUUCUGCUUUGGAAUCUGCCAUCCGCGGUUCAGUGCAACUCCUGCUGCAGCUUGGCCUGGUAGAUGAAGCAAAAGCUGCGGUGGAUAAGUGGAUGGCAAGAUGGAUUGAGAUUUGAUAUGAUGUAAUAGCUACAUACUGCACAUAAUAUGUGUCUUGGAUAUACAAUCUGACGUUUUGCCCUGAUGUUACAAUAAUUGGCAGGAUAUUUGCGGAUAAUAUUAAUAUAAGUUAGAUACAUAAUAUUACGAGGUACUACAACAGAGAGCAGAGCGACUAGCCUUCGCAG